AUGUCCAAAUUUGGUGUCCUAGUGAUGGGCCCUGCUGGCGCAGGCAAGACCACCUUUAGCAAUGCAAUCAUUCAACAUCUUCAAACCACCCGCCGCAGCUGUUUCUACGUGAACCUUGACCCCGCCGCCGAGACCUUCGCCUACGAACCAGAUCUCGACAUUCGUGACCUGAUCACUUUGGAAGAUGUGAUGGAAGAGAUGGGUCUGGGACCAAAUGGAGGUCUCAUCUACUGCUUUGAGUUCCUACUCCAGAAUCUGGAAUUCCUAUCAGAGGCACUGGAGCCAUUGAGUGAAGAGUAUUUGAUCAUCUUCGACAUGCCUGGCCAAAUCGAGCUCUACACCCACAUUCCUCUUCUACCAACCCUCACAACUUUCCUCUCCCGCCAAGGCCCAUUGAAUAUCAACAUGUGUGCCGCCUACCUACUCGAAAGCACCUUUGUCAUCGACAAAGCCAAAUUCUUCGCCGGUACACUCAGUGCCAUGUCCGCCAUGCUGAUGAUGGAGAUGCCGCACGUCAACAUUCUCAGCAAGAUGGAUCAGGUUCGCGAUAUGGUCACACGUCGGGAAUUGAAACGGUUUACCAACGUGGAUGUGCAAUUGCUGCAAGAGAAGGAAGAGGACGAUCUCACCGCAGGUGCCAACCCCAUGGCUACGGAAUCCUUGAUGAGCGGCGGAUCUUUCAAGCAGCUCAACCGGGCCGUCGGACAAUUGAUCGACGAUUUCAGUAUGGUUUCGUUCCUGCAAUUGGAUGUCUCGGAUGAGGACAGCGUCGCGGCGAUUGUGAGCCACAUCGAUGAUGCUAUCCAAUACCAUGAGGCCCAGGAACCGAGAGAACCCAAGGAUGCAGUUGAUGUGAACUAUGAGGAUUGA